GAAAAAAAAUUCCUAACGUCACAUGCGUUCUUCCCCAAACGAUCCUCACCUUCUCCCAUUCUGGUGUCGCGAUUUCGCCUCCCCCACAACCGACGCUGGCGAGUCGGCUCUUCAGCACCGCAUCUAGGUCAUUAUCGGAGAUCACCACCUACAUCGACCAUCUCCCUCGGCCGUUAUAAAAAACAAAGAAGAAGCUGAGAGUUCAAGCCCUAAUUGAUCAGUUAGGGCUCCGAAAUGACGCCAAAAGAAUAAUCAGCGACGAAGGACAUCGAGGAGUCUCAGGCGGAGAACGACACCAUGUUUCCAUAUAUCUUGUCUCCUACCACAACCACCACCAUACGUUCCCUGAAUCUACAUCCAAACAGAAAAACUCCAACUGCACUUGUCCCAAAAGCUUCUUCCACCGCCGAAUUCUCCCCUGAAAUCGCUGAUGUACUCGGAGAUGUCAACAUCUUCACCGCUUCCAGAGACUCCGUCGCCUUCAAUUAACUCUGGGAUCAAUCUGAGAGGAAAUAAAUGGAGCGUCAAAUGGUUCUCAAUCUUAUACACUGGAAUUUGGUGUUGGGCAAGAUGUUGAUCGUCUUGACGCAAUUGGUGCUAUUGGUAAUUCCACAAGCAAUAUCAACAAGAUAUGGGUUUGCUGUGGGUGCUAAUUUUAUGGGGCUUGUCUGUGUUUUGAUGAUUGUUUACUAUCUCAUUGCUUAUCAUGUUGGAAAGGUAAUUUCUAAAGUGUAGUUGAUUAUUACUAUGAUUGAGUCUUUAAGAUGUAAACCACAAGUGAAUCUAAUAUGAAUUACAUAUGAUUCAUAUGUAAAUCACAAGUG